AUGUCUGGCAAAGUCGGCGGAAAGGCAAAGUCUGGUGGCAAAGCCUCUGGUGAAUCAUCAUCCAAGUCUCAAUCCCGUUCAGCCAAAGCCGGUCUUCAAUUCCCCGUCGGUCGUGUUCACCGUCUCUUGAAGAAGGGAAACUACGCACAGCGUGUUGGUGCUGGCGCACCUGUCUACCUUGCAGCGGUACUAGAGUAUCUGGCCGCUGAGAUUCUCGAGCUUGCCGGUAACGCAGCACGCGACAACAAGAAGCAACGUAUCGUUCCUAGACAUUUGCAACUCGCCAUCCGAAAUGACGAAGAGCUGAACAAACUCCUUGGAGACGUCGUCAUUUCACAGGGUGGCGUCGUGCCUUUCAUCAACCCCGAACUGCUGCCCAGUAAAAGUGCAAAGGGCAAGAAAGAGAGCCAGGAAGUAUAA